AUGCGUUAUCUGAUUCUCUGCCUAGGGCUACUGGUUGCUGGUAAUGCCGCGACUGCGGUCUCCAACACUGCGAGUUCUACCGCUUCAGCGCCUUUGACAACGACGCUGAAUAUUACCGUAGAAGAUCUCUGGAACAUAUACAUCGGACCAGUCCAGUCGGCAUCCAUCAACACAACCGUCGAGCCUACCCCCAUUCCAUCCGCUCAACUGAUCCCCCCUCCCCAACUCUACUACCCUUCUUAUCUACCAGGAGCCCAGAUUCCUGGCCUAGGAAGAAAUGAAAGCUGGUCCUUUCCCAAAGGAUUCUGGUGGGGGGUCUCCGGUGCCUCAUACCAGGUCGAAGGGGCUGUCAAAGUCGAUGGCCGCGGCCCUAGCUUAUGGGAUGCAUUCACCCAUAGAGCCAUGAGCGUCGCCGACAACCAGACCGGAGACGUUGCCAUUAAUGAAUACUAUCUCUACAAGCAGGACAUCCAACGCAUCGCCGCCAUGGGCGUCCAAGCCUACUCCUUCUCCAUCUCCUGGUCCCGAAUCUUCCCCUUUGGCAACGGUCCCAUCAACGAAGCCGGACUCCAGCACUACGACGACGUGAUCAACACCUGUCUGGAAUAUGGCAUCCAACCCCAAGUCACCAUCUACCACUGGGACCUCCCCCUGUACCUCCAACUCUCCUACGGCGGCUGGACCAGCCCCCAAAUCAUCGACGACUACCUCGCCUACGCCCGCGUCCUGCUCGAACGCUGGGGCGACAAAGUCUCCGCCUGGUACACCUUCAACGAGCCCAUCUCCUUCUGCGGCGAAUACCCCGUCCCGGACCACUACUUCACCCACACCACCACCAUCCCCGCCAUCCAACAACCCUACUGGUGCGGCCACUACAUGCUCCUCGCCGCCGCCAAAACCUACCACCUCGCCCGCUCCCUCAACAUCACCGCCCCCAUCAGCAUCAAAAACUCCGGCGGCUACAAACUCCCCCGGACCGCCUCCCCGGCCGACACCCUUGCCGUCCAACGCGCCUGGGCCUUCAACGAAGGCUGGUUCGCCAAUCCCCUAUUCCUCGGCGACUACCCGCCUCUGCUCAAGAACUUCACCUCGUCCUUUCUCCCCGAAUUCACUCCCGAAGAACGCACCCUCAUCCACGGCGCAAGCGACUACUUCGCCCACGACGCCUACACUGCAGCCUACUACAUGGCUCCGGAUUCGGGAAUCGAAGCAUGUCUCUCUGACCCAUCCAACUCCCUGUAUCCGAAAUGCUACAACAGCACAUACACUCUCCCCGACUCCGAAGGGGGAUGGCUCAUCGGUCCAGCCUCAGACCCUAACACACGCUGGCUUCACAAAGCCACGGAAUGGCUUCCUGCAUUUUUACACUAUAUCCAAGAUACAUGGAACCCACCAAAUGGGAUCGUAAUCACGGAAUUCGGAAUGACCGAGCCAUUUGAGGCAUACAAGACCAAACGGGAGGAUGUCUUAACAGAUCCGCUGCGUUCAGCAUAUUAUCAUGAUUAUGUCCAGGCGAUGCUGAUGGCGGUUGCGGAGGGGGUGAAGCUAGUGGGAUGCUCGGCGUGGAGUAUUGCGGAUAAUUUGGAGUGGACGGCGGGGUUUACGGUGAAGUUUGGAUUGCAGUAUGUGAAUUUGACGACGCAAGAACGGUUCUAUAAGGCGAGCUUUUUUGAGUUGGCGAGGUUGUUCAAGACGUAUAUGCAGGAUUAG